AAGUGAGGCGGUGAUGCGGGCGCUGGCGGCCUCGGCUGCGCCGAGAGCGGAGACACAGGCUCAAGAUGGCAGAUUCCGACUGAGGCUGGGGGGGCCGAGCUCGCGCGCCGCUUUCCCGGCUCCGUUGCCAUGAAUCGCGGACACCCCGGCCCCGAUGGCCCCCGUGUACGAAGGUAUGGCCUCACAUGUGCAAGUUUUCUCCCCUCACACCCUUCAAUCAAGUGCCUUCUGUAGUGUGAAGAAACUGAAAGUCGAGCCGAGUUCCAACUGGGACAUGACUGGGUACGGCUCCCACAGCAAAGUGUAUAGCCAGAGCAAGAACAUCCCGCCUUCUCAGCCAGCCACCACAACCGUCAGCACCUCCUUGCCGAUCCCAAACCCAAGCCUACCUUACGAGCAGACCAUCAUCUUCCCAGGAAGCACCGGGCACAUAGUCGUAACAUCAGCAAGUAGCACCUCUGUCACGGGGCAAGUCCUCGGCGGACCACACAACCUAAUGCGUCGAAGCACUGUGAGCCUUCUUGACACCUACCAAAAAUGUGGACUCAAGCGUAAGAGCGAGGAGAUUGAGAACACGAGCAGCGUGCAGAUCAUCGAAGAGCAUCCACCCAUGAUUCAGAACAAUGCCAGCGGGGCCACUGUAGCCACUGCCACCACGUCCACUGCCACCUCCAAAAACAGUGGCUCCAACAGCGAAGGCGAUUACCAGCUGGUGCAGCAUGAGGUGCUGUGCUCCAUGACCAACACCUACGAGGUCCUCGAGUUCCUGGGCCGAGGGACGUUCGGGCAAGUGGUCAAAUGCUGGAAACGGGGCACCAAUGAAAUCGUGGCCAUCAAGAUCCUGAAGAACCACCCGUCCUAUGCCCGGCAAGGUCAGAUCGAAGUGAGCAUCCUGGCCCGGCUGAGCACGGAGAGUGCUGACGACUACAACUUCGUGCGGGCCUACGAGUGCUUCCAGCACAAGAACCACACGUGCUUGGUCUUUGAGAUGUUGGAGCAGAACCUCUAUGACUUUCUGAAGCAGAACAAGUUUAGCCCCUUGCCCCUCAAGUACAUUCGCCCAGUCCUCCAGCAGGUGGCCACAGCCCUGAUGAAACUCAAAAGCCUAGGUCUCAUCCACGCUGACCUCAAACCAGAAAACAUCAUGCUGGUGGAUCCAUCCCGACAGCCGUACAGAGUGAAGGUCAUCGACUUUGGCUCAGCCAGUCACGUGUCCAAGGCCGUGUGCUCCACCUACUUGCAGUCCCGAUAUUACAGGGCCCCUGAGAUCAUCCUUGGUUUACCAUUUUGCGAGGCGAUUGAUAUGUGGUCCCUGGGCUGUGUCAUUGCAGAGCUGUUCCUGGGUUGGCCAUUGUAUCCGGGAGCUUCUGAGUAUGAUCAGAUUCGGUAUAUUUCACAAACACAGGGUUUGCCAGCUGAAUAUUUAUUAAGCGCAGGGACAAAGACAACUAGGUUUUUCAACCGUGACACAGACUCACCGUAUCCUUUGUGGAGGCUGAAGACACCAGAUGACCAUGAAGCAGAGACGGGGAUUAAGUCAAAAGAAGCAAGAAAGUACAUUUUCAACUGUUUAGAUGAUAUGGCCCAGGUGAACAUGACGACAGAUUUGGAAGGGAGUGACAUGUUGGUGGAGAAGGCGGACCGGCGGGAGUUCAUUGACCUGUUGAAGAAGAUGCUGACCAUAGAUGCUGAUAAGAGAAUCACUCCAAUCGAAACCCUGAACCACCCCUUCGUCACCAUGACACACCUACUCGAUUUUCCCCAUAGCACACAUGUCAAAUCUUGUUUCCAAAACAUGGAGAUCUGCAAACGCCGGGUGAACAUGUAUGACACAGUGAACCAGAGCAAGACCCCUUUCAUCACGCACGUGGCCCCCAGCACCUCUACCAACCUGACCAUGACCUUCAACAACCAGCUGACCACUGUCCACAACCAGGCUCCCACCUCCACCAGUGCCACUCUUUCCUUAGCCAAUCCCGAAGUCUCCAUACUAAACUACCAAUCUACACUCUACCAGCCCUCAGCGGCAUCCAUGGCCGCAGUGGCCCAGCGGAGCAUGCCCCUGCAGACGGGAACAGCCCAGAUUUGCGCCCGGCCUGACCCCUUCCAGCAAGCUCUCAUCGUGUGUCCCCCCGGCUUCCAAGGCUUGCAGGCCUCCCCCUCUACGCACGCGGGCUACUCAGUGCGAAUGGAAAAUGCAGUGCCCAUUGUCACUCAAGCCCCAGGAGCUCAGCCUCUCCAGAUCCAGCCAGGUCUGCUUGCCCAGCAGGCCUGGCCAAGUGGGACCCAGCAGAUCCUGCUUCCUCCAGCAUGGCAGCAGCUGACUGGAGUAGCCACCCACACAUCAGUGCAGCAUGCGACUGUGAUUCCUGAGACCAUGGCAGGCACCCAGCAGUUGGCCGACUGGAGGAACACGCAUGCUCACGGCAGCCAUUACAAUCCCAUCAUGCAGCAGCCCGCGCUAUUGACUGGUCAUGUGACCCUCCCAGCAGCCCAGCCCUUAAAUGUGGGCGUGGCCCACGUGAUGCGGCAGCAGCCAACCAGCACCACCUCCUCCCGGAAGAGUAAGCAGCACCAGUCAUCUGUGAGAAACGUCUCCACCUGUGAAGUGUCCUCUUCCCAGGCCAUCAGCUCUCCUCAGCGAUCCAAACGUGUCAAGGAGAACACACCUCCCCGCUGCGCCAUGGUGCACAGCAGCCCAGCCUGCAGUACCUCUGUCACGUGUGGGUGGGGCGACGUGGCCUCCAGCACCACCAGAGAGCGGCAGCGACAAACAAUUGUCAUCCCUGACACCCCCAGCCCCACGGUUAGCGUCAUCACCAUCAGCAGUGACACAGAUGAAGAGGAGGAACAAAAACAUGCCCCCACCAGCACUGUCUCCAAGCAAAGGAAAAACGUCAUCAGCUGCGUCACAGUCCAUGACUCGCCCUACUCCGACUCCUCCAGCAACACCAGCCCCUACUCUGUGCAGCAGCGUGCCGGGCACAGUGCCACCAAUGCCUUCGACAGCAAGGGGGCCCUGGAGAAUCACUGCACUGGCAACCCCCGAACCAUCAUCGUGCCCCCCUUGAAGACCCAGGCUAGCGAAGUGUUGGUGGAAUGCGACAGCCUGGGACCAGUAAACACCAGUCACCACUCGUCCUCCUUCAAGUCCAAGUCCUCCAGCAAUGUGACCUCCACCAGCGGUCAUUCUUCAGGGAGCUCGUCGGGAGCCAUUGCCUACCGGCAGCAGCGACCAGGCCCCCAUUUCCAGCAGCAGCAGCCCCUUAAUCUCAGUCAGGCCCAGCAGCACAUGGCCGCAGACCGCACUGGGAGCCACCGACGGCAGCAGGCCUACAUCACCCCCACCAUGGCUCAGGCUCCGUACACCUUCCCACACAACAGCCCCAGCCACGGCACUGUCCACCACCUGGCUGCCGCCGCCGCCCACCUCCCUACCCAGCCUCACCUCUACACCUACACAGCGCCUGCGGCCCUGGGCUCCACUGGCACCGUGGCCCACCUGGUGGCCUCCCAAGGCUCCGCACGCCACACCGUGCAGCACACUGCCUACCCGGCCAGCAUCGUCCACCAAGUCCCUGUGAGCAUGGGCCCCCGGGUCCUGCCCUCGCCCACCAUCCACCCGAGUCAGUAUCCAGCCCAGUUUGCCCACCAGACCUACAUCAGCGCCUCGCCAGCCUCCACAGUCUACACUGGAUACCCACUGAGCCCUGCCAAGGUCAACCAGUACCCUUACAUAUAACCUCGGGGCCUGGGGAGGGGAGGUGAGGGAGGCUGCUCCUGGGACCCUGGGGAGCCGCUUUUUAUACUGAGGUGCCGCACACAAACAAUGCAAACGGGGCAGGGGAGGGGGCAGGGGACAGGGACGGGACACCAGUGAAACUUGAAUAGGAAGUGGGAGUACUUAGAGCAGAGAAGAGAACAUUUUAAAAGGAAGGGAUUAAGGAGGGGGAAAUCUAUGCUUUUUAUUUUUUAAAAAGAAAAAGAAAAAAAAAAAGAAAACGUCAGAAAAAAAAAAGAAAAAAAAAAGUUCACAAACCCAUUCUGCACCAAACUGGAAAGGAGAAGAAGAGAGCCACAGGAAGAUUCCAGAAGCGAGGGGCCCCAGUUUUUGAAGAACUUAUCUAUGAACUUUUCAAAAGAUUAUUUUCAUAUGGCAGCAAAUGACAUUGAGAAUUUGCUGUCAGGGACACCUGAUAUGGAAAUCCAAUAGAUUUUUAAUUAAUUAAACAUAAGAAUUAGGGAUUUUUCCAGAACGCUAAAGAGUCAACACCCCUCCACAGUCAGGCUGUGGCCUGAAGAGGCUGAUUUGGGGGGUUGGGGGCGCUGGCGAAGCCCAGCCCUGGCUCGUUUAUCAGGAAUGAUGGAACCAGCCAGGCUGACCGGAGACUGCCUGGGAGGGGCAGGUUUCUCUUUCUGAGCACUCUGGAUAAAUCCCUAGGCAGUGUUGUUCCUCAGAUGUCAUUAAUAAUGUGUGUUGCAAACUUGAGGUUUUCUUUUCUGAAGAUCUGUUUCCCUUGACCACCCUGUCCGUAGUGCAGGCCGGCGCCGUCGAGGUCCCUAGUGGAAUGCAGCCUGCCCGUGCUGCCUGCCUUGCGUUCAGCUCCAGCGAUAGACUGUUCCCGUGUGAUUGCACAAAACAAAGUGAUUAUAACACAGGCGUGUAACCAGUGCGGUGGUCCCGGCGAGCGAGCGCGUGUGGCCAGCGCGUGGGUGUGAGCGCAGAUGCCACCCUCCCCGUGUCCCCGCGCCGCGUCCCAGCCCUCGAGGCCUUGCGUUUGCAUCAUUCCCUCCUAGUGCCUUACGGAACAACAGACAGCCGCGGUGCAGGCAGGCUCCCACUGGCGCUCCGGGAAGCAGCUGGGCUCAUCCGGCCGCCUCGGCUCCUCUGUUGCGCUGUGGAACAUUUCACUCGGGUCCUUCCUUUUUCUGUUCUUUUUUUUUCCAUACCCGUCGUCUUUCUCUGGCAGGGCUUCAAGGAGUGGCUCUUGAGAGUGGCGGGGCUGUGUGGUGGGAGGGCACAUCUACCACCGGAAUGCUUUGUGUUGAGUUUUACUUCGAGAGCCAACACCCAGGGAGACGCCCCACCCUUCAGCCCUUACCCUGCCCAGCUCUGCCCGUCAGACCAGCUCUGUCUGGCAUUAGUGCUACCAGGGAUUUUAGGAAUGUUGGCUUUGCUGGGCAGCAGCCUCCAGGCCCACCACCACCUUCCUAUAGCUGUCUGCAGGGAGGCUGGGAGACUACGCACCCUGGCUGCGCCCGUCCGUCCCUCCCACAAGAAGCCUGGUGUCCUCAGCCCUGCCUCACGCUUCUCUCUCCACCAGCUCCACCAGCUCCUGGGCGCUGCUUUGCUCUGCCAAUUUGGCCAGAUCCCCCCCGGUCUGUAGACAACCACCAACCCAUUUGUUGUUGAAGUCUUUCCUUGAAUUACCAGGUCUGCCCAAGACAUGAUUUUGGUCUUGGCAUUUGAGGGGUCUGGUGGGCCGAAGGUUGGAGGGACGCUGAGGAGGGUGACAGGGGUUCUAUGCUGCACUUGAGAAAACACAGAUGAUUGAGUCUCCAAAGAAAUCUGCCCUGCACCCUCGGUAUACUACGGCUCCAUUCUGGAAGUUUUCUCAGGCUUUGGACACAGCAGGUAGGGAUGGGCGGGGAGUUCUCUCUGCUCUUAGGGAACAACUCGGAAGCAGGUGGACACUGGAGAAGCUCUCUGGUCGAGCAUGGGGCUUGACAGGUGGCUCCAGUUGUUUGAUCCUAACAGAGUCUUACCUGACCCCUCAACCAGGUUUCCAGGUGCACAGAGGUCUUCUGGGUCCGAGCCUCUCCUUCUUGCCUGUGCUGCCUCAACUGCAGGCCGUAGCAUCUACUGUGAAGGGGGUUUUCGUAGUGAUAGCUGCCCUCAUUCAGUAAUGAAGUCGGUACUUAGCUCUUAGCUGUGAAAGAACUCUGGAAACUUCCCCCUCCCCGAACAUUAAUUCUUAUAAAGAAAUAGGUCCCUGGACUGGGGAUGAUGAAAUGCCGGCCUUGCCCAGAAGGAAGGACACAGCACCUGUGCAAGGCCGGACACGCUCCAUGGCACCACCUGCCCGAGGCAGGGCCGCAGCGGAUCUGCAGGAGCCGCUCUCCUCUGGGCCCCUGACCAAUAUGACUUCACCGGAGAUGGGGAAGCGCCUGUCCUGAGUCAACAGGAAGAGGCCAGCUGAGAGAGGGCGAGGGGAGCAAGGCCUUCAGAGGUCGCCUGAGCCGCAGCCGCGCCAGCCUGGAAAACCCUUCUGUUUGGACUUUCUGCAGGCAGAUGGCCACAAAGUCCCACCAGAUCCUCUCCUACAGUUACAAGGCAUCUAGUCUUGGCUGCAAAUGAGCCUCAGUCUGCCUUACUGAGCAGCGCUCUGGACUCCUGCACAGUGCAGUUCCAGCCCUUUCUAGAUCGGAUCUUCUAGGGGGAAAGACAACUUACAGUGUUCUUUCCAUUUCCUUUUGUCUGCUUAAAUUGAAGCUUCUCACUCUUUCACCUGAUGUUUCUUUCCUUUUCUCCUUCCAGAUCAGGAAUGAAAGUUUCAUGCUGCUCAUAAAGUUAAUGUUAUUGUGCUGAUUAUUUUUGUUAUUACCAUUGUAAUUAUGUUCGUUAUCAUCAUGUUGCUGUUUUAGUCAGGGUUUUAAAUGCACAUUUAUUCCAAGCAUCUUUGUGUUUUCUCUUUAAUAUUUAAACUUACUCUAUCUGUGAGUAUAGGAGAAGACUGGAGGGACAUACAGAUGUCCAAUUUUGUCAGACAAAAAAAAAAGAAAGAAAGAAAGACCUGGGAAUUAGGAAGAUUGUUUCUGUCAUCUGUUCCACAAAGAGCCACCAAGGAAGACCCACAACAAAGCGAAGUGUGGAAAGUCAAGGCCUUUUCCUCUGCACAACCCAGCUGAGGCUCUGGACAGCAUGGUCACUGUUGAUGAUGUGUUUUUUUUAGAUUCCCAGUGGCCUGGGAGGCCACCUGAGGAGGCAGCUUUGGGCUCAGGGAUGCCAGUGCACCAACCCUGGGAUCCUCAGCUUCUCCCCCGUUCCUUCUGUGCUCUCCUGUUCAUCCAUAAUCUGCUAACAGUUCUUAGCCUGCCUCACAUCUGUUAUCAAGCAGAAAAGCUCCUUCCCAGAGCUCACCCAGCCCCUUCUCUAAACCUUCCCCCUUCCCAUCGGCCCACGCAGAGCGUGGCUUAUGUCCUUCAAUGCACAGGCAGUUGACCCCACCCUCCAGGGAAGCCAGUAGUUGUGAUGAACUGAAGUAAGAGUGAUGGGCAGCUGGUGCCUUCGCCAGGAUGCUUCAGCCUCACUUUCCCUCCUUCCACUCACUGUCCCUUCCCCCUGGAUACAUCCUCCCAACACACAAUUCUAUCAAGCCAAAAAAAAAAAAAAAAGAAAGAAAAAGAAAAGGUGGCGGAAUGGGGAGGAAGCCAGAGAACCCUGAGUGAAGCCACUCAGACAUUGCCACAUGCCCCCCGAUAUCUUUGCCGGUGAGGGAACACAGCAGGACCUCGCCGCCUUUCCUGGCUCUUCCUGCGCCCUCAGUGCCCUGUGCUGUGAGUGAGGGGUGCUCACAUACUGCCCACCAAACCCAGAAACUGCUAGCCCCCCAUUAAGUAAGGGUGAAAGUGACCAAUUUCCCUGAAGGGAAGCAAGCUGUCAGGCAGUGAACAGCCCCUCUGACCCUCAGCAGUUAUUCAUGUCCACCCUAGUCCUCUGUCCCAAGGACAAAACUGUUUCAUCAGAAGCCACAUAAGGAGACCCCAGCAUGCUCAUUAGCAUCCUUGCCCAGGCCCUCACCCCAGGUACUCCAGCACUAUGCCCCCUUGGCAGAGUCUGCAUCAAAGGAUGCCAUCCCUGGGACCAAGCCCUCGAGUCAGGGGAUGCCCUCCUCGUCCUCAGGUAGACCACAAAUCCCCCAGGGCAUCGCCAAGCCUUGGAUUGGCUCCAUCCUUCCUUAGUGAAGAAACAUGGCUCAGAGAGGGGAGGAUGGAGAAGGACAGGUCACGAAGAAGUGUGUAAUUGGAACCUUACGAACCUCAGGUCAGUCUGCUUCCCACAGGGUUCUUACCCAUCCGGCGGUUAGCACCCAUGUCUCUGUGCUUAGUGCCUCUUGGUGAUAUUUGGGAUGUCCCCAAGAGAAAGGGCGAGCAGGCCAGUGGUGUGCGAGUCCAGUGUCGAUGUCAGUUAAGACUGAGGUGGAGCAGGUGGUCAGGGUAAUUCAGAGGAAGAAGGGCGGAGCCCGGUGCCAUGUGUCUCCUGGACAGCGUUCGCAUUUCUCGCCUUCCUGGUAGCUGGGUUGUCUGUGGGCUGUGGAAGCCAGCUGGGCUUUGUCCUCUUCACCCUGGGGGACUCAAACCUGCCCAGAUGCCAUGGUUUCAUAUGGAAGGUCAGGGAGGGGAGGUCAGCACAAAUGACAGGAUGACUUCCCUGGACUAGAUUCUGGGAGUCACAAACACUCCCAAGCUCCGAACAAGCUUUGGUGGAGGAUUUGGGUCAUGUGCGCGUGUGCAUGUGAGUGAGUGGAGCAAACAUUAUUGGAAACUGGAGCGAGGAGAUGAGGAGGCUUAAGGAAGUAUUACUGAUGGUUCAUGGUCUCGAGAACGACGUGGGUCCCCGCCCCUCCCCCACUCUCCUGCCAGCUUCCCGUUGACCGAGGGCAGGGUAGGAUGCGGUAGGGCAUUUGCUCCUGCUGGCCUGCCAGGCAGCUGAAGGACAGAAAACAGAAUGAAGAAAAUAGCUCGGUGCUCUCAACCAGCAGAGAGAACUCAACUGAGAGGUGAGGGUUCCUCCCGCCAGCCCAGCCUGGCAGGAGCCCUGCUUCCAGGACACAUUCCGGUCUGGGACUUGCAGGCUCCUUUCUUCCUGUGUGUCUUUUCUUCCUGCUACUCUACAGAACCUCAAAGGGGAAGCCUCAAAAUUGAGUAGGCCAAAUUGUCCUUACCAAAUUAGAAAGGAAGGUGAAACUGUUCCUUUCUGUAGCCAAAGAACCCUUCUCAAAGGCACCUCCGGAGAUGGACAAAGCGGCGUUCCUCUCUUCCCUUUCUGGGCAAUAAUGACAUCAUCAGUGAAGCAGUUCCAUUGUAACCUGCUCUUCCCUCCAUCCUGACUUCUUUGUUUUAAUUGCAUUUAUUUCAAAACUGUACUCAUCUUUUAAGAGGAGUAGAGUAGUGACCCUGAAUGUUGCUGCUACUGGGACACUGAGGUCUUGCUCCAAGGCACGGGCCUACCUCCCAGCCCCGAGCAAGCAGACCUGCUGGGCAGUUCUGCAGCCUUGAGGCUUAGGGUGCUAGACUCCAUGGACUUGGCAGCUCCUUCCCACUCCCCUGCCUCAGGACUCACUCCUGACCUCCACAGAUAGUCAAGUCUCAGCCAGGUCACUAGGGAAGAGGAGAUGGCAAAGUGGCAUUUGAACGAAAAAGAAGCCUCUACAAGGCUUCUGGCACUGCAGCUCAGGGUAAUGGGCCAAUCGAGUGGUUUCUGGGCUUUGGGCUAGCUUUCCAAAGUUUGAGAGAGCAAGCGAGCUCCAUGCUGAUUCUUCCCUUCAGACUCGGGGAGAACUUAUGGAGAAGUGACCCCUGCCGCAGAAACCCAGCACAGAGAGGGCUUCCCAAUGCCUUUGCGAGUUCCUCCUCUCAGAUCCCUGCAGUAGAAUACUAUACCAUGGCCUCUUUGUCCAAACUAGCAAUAUUCCUCAAAUAUGGACGAGCCAACAUUUGUUGACGCUUUCAGUACUCCAGGCCUUCGUGAGCAUCAUCUUGUGGCACCACUAUAGCCGUCCCCUUAGGAGAAGUAUAGUCCCCCCCCCCCACACACACACACACACUGACAGGUGAGGAUGCUGACACUCUGAGAAAGUGGCAUGUGUUAAAGAAAACACAGUGGUGGUCCAGAAUCCCCAAGUUUCCCGUCUAUUUGUUAUUAAUCGGAUCUUUACUGAGAUGUGAUUUUUAUUUCACUUUUUUCAUGAACAGCAAUUGUAUGACCUCAUAUUUCUGAUGAACCAUUUAAUGAUAUGCUCAUCUCCUUCGUGCCAAACACUGUGCUAGGAAUUGCCCACUGGUCUUGUUUCAUUUGGUCUUCACACUAACCCUGCAAGAUUGGCAAUAUCCGUCUCUUUACAGAGGAGGCAUUGGGCUUGCAGAACUAGUAACCUUCCUGGGACCACCCAGCUGGUGAGGGGGAAGCUGGUGAGGAUCUGCCUGGCCUCAGAACUGAGCUCAGCCACCAGACUCAGCUAUCUCCUGUGUGUAUGUUGCAAAGAGAGGCCUUCAGGAAUUGUCACCCCGUGCCCUGCCAGCACCGUGGAACUCAGCGGGUGAAAAGAGGGUGUCCCACGCUGGAUGCAGGCAGAAGGGCAAAAUUACUUUGACUUUUUAGAAAAAUCUCUGGGGAAUUUCUUUUGAUUCCUAGACUUCCUUUUAGAUUUUUUUCCAGUGUACCAACUAGCUUUAGUAAUGCUGCUAACUCUUAUGAGAGUGAAGGAAAAAAAAAAAGUGUUCUUUUCUUCAUUAAAAAAAUAAUUUUUCUUGCUUAUAGUUAAUUCUAGAAAGGCAAUACUAAAGGUAUAUAUUUUUUUCAAAAUGCUAUUUUUUACUGCACUUGAUAAAUAUCAUGACAGCUCUGAUCUCUGUAACAGAUCCACUCUUCAGCUCUGGGCAGAACCAGAUGCGGGGUUCACACCAAAUUUGUAAAUACCAUAUGUGGGUCUACUAUCCAGGAACGUUUUUCUUUCUGUUAAAAAAAAAAAGAAGAAAAAAAAAGAAAAAAGAAAAAAAAGAAGAAAGACAAGAUGACUUAUAGAAAGAGGAACAAAAUUAAGCUUUCUUUCAAGAGAGGCACCCCUCUCAAAGAAAUAGAAAGCAACAGUGUGUAAACUGAGAAAAAGGAGACAAUUUUCAGGAAUUAAAGAAGUGUCUCUGGCCAAGUAUGAGAUUAACAGUAAUACAGAUCCAUUUUCACUUUGGUUGAAGGUGGAAAGAAUUAGAUAUGCUUUGAGACUAGAUUUUUAAUUUUCUAACAAACUGUCAUCAUGUGCUAUAAAGUAUCUGUUCAGCUGUUUUGGGGUGGGUUUCUUGUUUCUUGUUUCCUUUAGAAACUUCUUGGUUGACUGGCUCCAGGCUUGUUUGCCUAAAUUCUUAGGUAGUUUACACAAGUUCUAGAAUCUUUUAGAACUUUAACUUAUUGGAAGCAAACCCAACUGGUCAGAAUCCAAAAUCCUGGUUGUGUCAACAGGUAUCCUGGAAUUCUGAUAGAACACCUAAAGAUUUUUUUAGAAGGUUCUAGAUACAUUAUCUUACACAAACUGUGACCUAAUGGCAAUAAUUACCUCAAAUGUGGGCAUUCAUCCUGGGUUUAGCCUUUUUGAAAUCAUGUAGCCAGCUUGAUCUUGGGGUUUAAAAGACUAUGAAAUCUGUGUGGGCUGAAAAUAAUGAUUGAUACACACCCUGGUCAUUGUUGCUUAAGUGAAUUCUGAAAAUCGUUCAUCUUUACAACAAGAAUGAAACCAAGGAAGAGAUUAUUCUUUGUGUGUUAUAAUCAAAUAUGAUGUUCAAACGCACGUGGAACAUGUACGUUUCUAGCUACUGUAAAAUGCUAUUAGCUUUCUAUCAAGAGAGUCUCAUUUUAAAGGAGUAAACUAAAUAAUUGGCUGUGGAUACUUAAGCAUAUCUCUGGCUACAUUUUAUAGUUAAAGUGUUUUAUAGUUUACAUUUAAACUGGUACUUUUUAAAGAAACUUUCUGUUUAUAACUGACUUCUUCAACCCCUGCGAUGGUUUCCCUCUUUAGGUUGGAGGCCAUGUCUCCCAAAGGCAGGUGUCUUUUGCCCAUUCUGUUCUGUCACCCAAUAUGUGCGUUUUCCUCCAUAGCGUUGGUUUCCAAGUGAACUUGAGAAAAUGUGAAAGGAAGUCCAGCAGGAGUGGGAGGGCGUGUCCCCAGCCUGGGCAGACGCGGAGUCCGCGCCUUGUGUCAGCACUUGUCAAGACCUUGUCCUUGACACCUUGGAAGAGGCAGUGAGAACUGGUCCCUGGGUCCUUGGUUUGUGUCUUGAUUUGAAUAUUUAACUUGUUAUAGAGCCACUCACUUCCACUCACUAGGCAGUAGAAGACACUGGGAUUGGGGGGACCCUGAAGGCACCACUGUUCACUCCAGGGCCCCAGUGGUAUCCCCGUCAGUGUUUUGCAAGGGGGAACCGUGUGGCCCUAUGGCCGGGUUCACUGACGGGGACUUCUGUAUAACUGCUGUCUUGUAUUCAUUUUCCCUUUUAAAACAAAAUCCUUGUAAAAGGACACGUGUCCAUUUUGCUGAUGUCAAGCUGAGAUGUGAAGGCGGGCUGGGGGAGGGGCUUGAGAUUCCGCUCAGACUGAGCACCCUGCUCAGCCGAAGGAGCUGGGGACAGGGGCCGCUGGGGGCCUUCCCUGAGACCCAGUCUGCGUGGAGCGGGUGCGAAAGGGCGAGGGAGGCUUCAGACCCAGGAGCAGGCCCCCCGGUCAGGCAGGAGCUACCAGUUCCCCCGAGAGCCUCGUUUGUUUUCCAUUUUCUCUCGUGCCACCACCAAACUGUGGAGUACCCACUGUGACCCAGGUGGAGAUCCAUUCCUCUAGCAGCAGAGACCUCGACAACCGCAGGCCACCUGGGACCAGGGAACUCUUCACACCACGCGUCGACAGGGCCUUUUCCUGUGGCUUCGUUAGAGUGGUCAGUGCAGAAUAUUUUCAUCUCACCCCUCUUUUAACCACACUCCCACGGUUCAGUUUGUGCGUUUUCCUUUGCACUAAUUAACCAAAUGAAUUCUGUGUCUUUGUCUUUGGGGCUUACCCACAUUUUUUAAAACUAGAGGUGAUAGAGAAAUUGACCUUUAUUUUCGUUUGUUGAAAAAGUACAUUGUAUCUGAAAAAGGGCUCCGCCAUUGCGCUCUCUAGUUUCCUUUCACCCAGUCUCCAAACAAAUCUCUCCUGGCACCCCUUCCCCUGCUUCCUUGUUUUGGGUCACUGUCCCUGUGGCCUCCUGUCUCUGCCCUGCUGUCACCACAACCCUGUGCCCAGGCACCCAGGACUCCAGAAAGUCAAGAGUCAGCCAUAAGGGCCCGCUCGGCCUUAAGAGUGGCAGUCAUGCAUCCCUGCCAGCCACUUGCUGCUGAGGACAGUGGAUGUGCUAUUGUUGUUCAAUGAGGUCGGGCUCAGGUGAUGAGGAAGAACGUGGGAAGUGGAGAGUGAUCAGACUGUGCCAUCUUUUGUAGUUCUCUGCGACCUCCAAAUGGAGCCUGAAGCGUCCCCACAACCCCACCCUUCAAAGCAGAUGUCCCUGUUUGCCCUGCCUCCAAGUCCACGGCUCCCCGCCCUCCCACGCCCCUCACUUCCGUCCCUGCUCUUUGAAAGCUUUCUUCCUCCCUGGGUUUUCCAGGGCACAGUCCCUCUGGGCCCCAGAGCAUCUCUUCACCCUCUUUGUGUGCAUUUUUUAACCAAAUGAAGUAGACAAGAAAGGCAUCCUCGGGGGCAGCAGGACUAGUUUAGUAGAAUCACUGUAUAGAUAGAGAUGUUGAUAUAUAUGUUUGUGUAUAUAUAUCAAACCAAAUUUCUGAUAGGAAAAGUAUAGCUUUACAGAAGAGGAGAAGAGGAGCCCUUUAGAGGUUGGAGCCAGCCAUGGUGUGUCCAAGGAGCGCACGGCCCUGUCAUCCACCUCGCCACAGCGGAGCCAGGGACCCCAAGGGUGCUGCUGCUCUCUCAGGGUCCCCAGCAUCAAGGGCAUCGAUGGGUGAGGGGGCCAACAGAUCAGAAUGACUGGAAUUUUCCAUCCCGUUUUGCUUUGACCACAUGUAUUGAGCUGCAGCCUGAUAUUAUAUCACGUUUCCAAAAAUGGUAUCCAUUAAGAUGGAAGAGAACAGAUCUGUAGAAAUGUUUACCUUUCAACUGCCCAUGAAUUCAGGACACUGGAUAGAAAAACACACUCCCCAGAAUAACAGGGAAGAGGAGACCUGGCGACACUCAGUCCCCAGUCCAAGGAACAUGGCUCCCUCCCCAAGGUCAUCUCGCCAAGACCAUUCUCUACCGGGUCAUCUCAGCUCAAUCUCAAUAACCCCAUAAAGCCCUGGUCCGUUGUGUUCCUUCACUGUACGGUUUCUGUAAUAAAAAGUGUUAAUCCAUGUUAAUCUGUGUGAAAAUUAUUGCGUGCAACGGUAUUUUCUCGUGUACCUCUUUUCCUCUGUGAAUUGUCCCUCUUCUCUUUUUUAUUUAUAAACGUCUACUUUUUUUUAAAGACAGCCCAAUGUGUUGUAGACCUCUAUGUAACCUAUUCCUUAGUCUCAUAUUAUAGGUAUGUUAUAAGAAUGGAUAUUUUACUUGGCUUUAGAAUGUUUUACAAGAAAACUAAUUCUUAACUGAUCGAGUCCUUGCUACUAAAAUGCUUGUGUUUUCAUCAUGAUGUCGUGUGCUUCUAAAUUAAUAAUCAUUUUCGUUGUAGAAAAAUGGAGUGAAUUUAUAUUAGUCUUGGAAACUAAUAAUAGCAUUGUAAAUUUAUGAGAUGAUUUUAACAGAAAAAAAUUAUAGAAGAAUAUAGUUAUUUUAAUUGUAAUAUUACUAACUGUAGGGUGAGAAGGGGGGGUCCCGUUGUGGUGAACUAUGUUAUAGCUUGUUACUCACAGUUUCUUUUUUGAUCAUUUUUUCGGUCUCUGAGGUGAAACGAGUUAUUAAUUAAAAUUUGUAAACUCACAUAUGCAUAUUGUAUAUGUGUGGAAAUGUAAUCACACUUUGUCUCGGAAUCACAUUAAACUGUUUGGAAUCACUGUA